AUGCAGAUCAAAAACAUAUUCCCUGUCAACACUCAGGCUUAUGUUUACCUACACAACCAGAUUGCAAGUCUGCAAAUGCACAGAACUACAGGUGCUACAAGCUUGAACAGAGACAAUUUAUUCUGCUCUAGGUGCACUAAAUUGUCAUCCAAGCAUUUACAUAUUUUGCAUCCAAAAAGUUCCAAGCAUCGAGGCAGAAAAACGAAGAUCUUCCUGUGGAGCGAUCAGCAGCGCCUUCAUGUGGCCAGUGGAGCAAUCAGCGGCGCCUUCUUCCUGAUCAACGUCUUCUUGGCCGUGACUCUCUUUCUCGGAGGCAUCAACGGAGCGAACUCCACCACCUCCUCCUUUAUGGACACUGCCAUCCUGUCGAUCUUGGCAGCAGCAGUAGGAGCAGAAGGGUGGGCGUUUGCAGCAGCGGUGGCAAACCACGGGAGCUUCAGCGCGGUGGCCGCCGUCAGCCGCUUGUCGGGGUUGCAUGGCACAACAUUUACUCAUCCAACUGCCACCAACAUAUCAUUGCAUCAUGAUGACGUCCCUCGAGCUCUUGAUCCAGUUGAGGACAAGGGAGAGUUCCAUCAGCACGACGGCGUAACGACGGUGAUGAUGAAGUUACCGGCGCAGGACUUCACCUAA